GUGCCGACAGCACUAAGCCGAGUCCGCGUGGACGCUGGCGUGGGACAAGGACGGUGGCGGCCCGAGUCCUCCUCUCCACCGACACGGGAGCAGAGUCAGCCACGUCUUCAGCAGAGGCUGGUGCACCACCGGACGCGACGCAUUCAUAGUGUAACCUAGCCGAGGUUAUUAAGGAUGUUGGUCAAGCUGUUGGUUGUGGCGGUCUUCGCCGCCGUCGCCUGUCAGGCCACCGAGGAGGACGUGCUGGAAUGGGCUGAUGGGGAGUUUGCCGAGGAGUUGAGGCGCCACGAUAACACCCUCGUUAUGUUCUAUGCGCCCUGGUGUGGCCAUUGUAAGCAGCUGAAACCAGAAUACGUAAAGGCUGCUGAGCUAUUAAGAGACAACGAUCCUCCGAUUACUUUAGCUAAGGUUGAUUGUACCGAAUCUGGAAAAGACACGUGUAAUAAAUACUCUGUCAAUGGCUAUCCAACACUCAAGAUCUUUGCCAAGGAUGAAGUGGUUAAUGAUUAUAAUGGUCCAAGGGAUGCAUAUGGCAUCGCUAAAUACAUGAAGGCUCAAGUUGGACCGGCCUCGAAGGAAUUGUUGACUGCGGAAGAUGUGAAGGAAUUCAUGAAUAGCGAAGAAAUAGGAGUCAUUGGUUACUUUGAAAAGGAGGAUUCUUCCCUCUCUGUUUCUUAUCAUUCGGUUGCCAAAAAGUUAAGGGAGAAGUUCAGAUUUGGACACUCAAAUAAUGCAGAAUCUGGGAAUAAGAUCGUUAUUCACCGUCCCAAGUUGCUGCACAACAAAUUCGAGCCCAACGAAGUUGUCUAUUCAGGCGCUGACUCGAUCAAUGACAUCAGUGAAUUCGUCAAACAAAACUAUUAUGGACUCGUGGGCUUGCGCACCCGUGACAAUAUGGAGGCCUUCAAGAAGCCGCUGGUCGUUGCCUAUUACUCCGUCGACUACGUGAAGAACCCCAAGGGCACCAACUACUGGCGCAACCGUAUCAGGAAGGUCGCCAAGGACUUCCCCGAAUACACGUUUGCAAUAGCGUCAAAGGACGAAUUCCAGAAUGAGCUGAACGAGUACGAUAUUGACUACGUCAAGAGUGACAAGCCCAUUGUCCUGGUGCGCGAUGAGCGCAACCAGAAGUUCAUGCUUCGCGACGACUUCAGCGUCGAAAGCUUCGAGAAGUUCAUGAAGGAUCUGCAGGCGGACGCCCUUGAACCCUACCAGAAGUCCGAGCCGAUCCCAGAGAACACCGGCAAUGUCAAGGUUGCGGUCGCCAAAAAUUUCGACGAGAUCGUGACAAACAACAACAAGGACACGCUUAUAGAAUUUUAUGCUCCUUGGUGCGGACACUGCAAGAAACUCGAGCCCAUCUACAACGAGUUGGGUGAUAAGCUCGCCGACGAGGACGUGGAGAUCGUCAAAAUGGACGCGACGGCCAACGACGUGCCUUACCCAUACGAGGUCCGAGGCUAUCCCUCGCUAUUUUGGGUACCGAAGAACUCCAAGGACAAUCCACAAAAGUACGAGGGUGGCCGCAAGCUCGAGGAGUUUAUCGAAUACAUCGCCAAGCACGCGACCAACCAGCUCAAAGGCUACGAUCGUAGUGGCAAGCCAAUCAAGGCUCCCCAGGAUGAGCUUUAGAGAAACAGACGACGGAGCAGAUUCCUUUCGCUACGAGGACGUACGUAGGAGGAUGUGGAACACUCGACUAACGUUCUUGCUGUAUUUGUGAUAGCAUUAUUUUCAUAACUUGGCCCAUAGAUUAUCAAUAAUGAGCUCAUCAUUUUUUUUUAUU